UUUUUUAGUUUCUUAAUUCUUCUUCUUGUGAUAUUUGCAGAUCGUAAUUGUGAUAUCAAGUUGUGCAUCAGGUUAUUGUUUACAGAGGUGGUAGGAUGGAGAUUGUUAGCCAAGAUGGAACGGGGAUGAGGAGGCGAGGGUGCUCAUAUAUAAAACAAGAAUUUCUUCCCGAGGAGUCAUUUAGGAGCUGGAGAAACUAUGUGAAUGCCCUAAAGGAGACUCCCACCCGGUUCAUGAAUCGGGUACUGACCAGGUCAGAUGAUCAGGCUGAGUUGGAGGCCAAAUCUCAGAGCUAAAACGAGAUGAAGAAGACUUUGUCUUCGUGGGACCUAAUGUGGUUUGGCAUGGGGGCUAUGAUUGGAACUGGAAUAUUUGUUCUCACCGGGUUGGAAGCGCGGACAGUUGCUGGUCCUGCUGUUGCUCUCUCAUAUCUCUUCUCCGGGAUAUCUGCUUUGUUAUCUGCAUUAUGUUACACUGAGUUUGCAGUGGAGAUCCCAGUUGCAGGUGGAUCAUUUGCCUAUUUAAGAGUGGAACUUGGUGAGUUUGUGGCCUUCAUUGCUGCUGGAAACAUAAUUCUUGAGUAUGUUAUUAGCUGUGCAGCUGUGGCUCGAUCAUGGACAUCCUACUUAGCAACACUCUGCAAUAAAAAACCAGAUGAUUUUCGUAUUUAUGCCAGCGGACUUGGAGAAAACUAUAACCAACUUGACCCCAUAGCUAUUGGCAUAAUCAUAGCUAUCUGUCUAUUUGCAGUCUUUAGCAUCAAGGGGUCAUCGCGUUUUAACUACAUCUCCUCAUGCGUCCAUAUGGCUGUGAUUCUCUUCAUCAUAAUCGCUGGCCUUAUAAAUGCAGACACUAAUAACUACCAUGACUUUGCACCCUUUCAAGUCCGCGGCAUUUUCAAAGCCUCUGCAGUCUUAUUUUUUGCCUAUACUGGAUUCGACGCUGUUGCAACAAUGGCAGAGGAGACCAAGAAUCCUGCCAGAGACAUCCCUAUCGGUCUCAUAGGCUCAAUGGCGAUCACCACCUCUAUCUAUUGCUUGCUAGCUCUCACACUCUGCCUCAUGCAAUCAUAUAAAGAUAUUGAUGUUAAUGCUCCGUUCUCUAUAGCAUUCCACGCUGUAGGCUUGGGUUGGGCUAAAUAUCUUGUUGCAUUCGGAGCACUAAAAGGCAUAACAUCUUCGUUACUUGUUGGAGCUGUGGGACAAGCUCGUUACAUGACACACAUUGCAAGAACUCACAUGAUGCCUCCAUGGUUCGCAAAUGUCAAUUCAAGAACAGGAACUCCAGUUAACGCAACUGUUGUCCUGCUUAUAGCAACCGCAGUUGUUGCAUUCUUCACUGACCUAGGUAUUAUUGCUAACCUUCUCUCAAUCUCAACCCUCAUCAUCUUCAUGCUUGUCUCUGUCGCGCUUCUUGUGCGUCGCUACUACAUUAGUGGCGUGACAACAACAGAUAACCGCAACAAAUUUAUUGCAUUUGUCGCGCUCAUACUCGGGUCUUCAAUUGGGACUGCUGCAUACUGGGGGAUUAGUGAGGAUGGCUGGAUUGGAUACUGCAUAACCUUGCCAAUCUGGAUUCUUGCUACGGCUGGAAUUCGGGUUUUUGUUCCACAUGCGCGGGAGCCAAAGCUGUGGGGAGUUCCAUUGGUGCCCUGGUUGCCAUCUGCAUCAAUUGCAAUCAACAUUUUUCUUCUUGGAUCUAUUGACAGGGACUCGUUCAUUAGAUUUGGAGUCUGGAGUGCCUUUCUUCUGAUUUAUUAUGUGUUUCUUGGUCUUCAUGCUUCCUAUGACAGCGCCAAGGAAUGCCAAGACAAGAAUUAUGUCAAGGGUACUAUUCCAUCUAGUACAGGGGAAUCUGCAUCAGUUGCUGCUGCUAACAAGAAUGGUCACACACAUUUCAGUGUCUGAAUUUUUUUCAUAGGUGUUAUAAACUUAUAGUCAUCUCCAGUUAUCAGAAGUUUUGGACCCCUUCAUAGUAGCUGGUGCAGGGAUAUGACAUUAUUCUGAAACAGUAAUUUGCUUUUCCGUGUUUAAACUUUUGUAACCUUGAAAUUUAAGGCUUAAAUUUGAGUUUCAGGCUUCCGGCACUUCUCCGCUCUUCGAUCUUCAUCUCGCUUAUUGAUUAAACAUCUUUACUUUUUCAUCCUCUCUCGUAUUUACUAGUUUUUUUAAAAUAAAAUCAAGAUCUUAUCCUUGUUGGAUGAGUUCAUGUUGAGUACUUUAUACUUUGUUAUCACGGU